AUGAUGAAAAACAUACUACUUUACAAGGUUCUGGCGAGAUACACAUCUACCAAAGCUGCACGGUUUGUUCCUAAAACAGGAGUAUAUCCAAAGGGCUAUGAAGUAGGAGGUAUCCAUUGUGGAGUCAAAAAGGAUGGAAAGACUUUCGAUUUGGCUAUAUUACAUAAUACUCAUGGAAAAGAUGCUUCUGCAGCUGCUGUAUUUACCACAAACAAAUUCAAAGCUGCUCCGGUUCAAGUCUCACAGAAACUCAUUAAGGAAACAAAAGGAGCGGGUAUUAAUUCGAUCGUGGUCAAUAGUGGUAAUGCCAAUGCCGUCACAGGAGCACAGGGAAUGAAAGAUGCCGAGGAUAUGGUGAUUGUAACCGAUUCUGUUCUUGAGAAUAAACCUAAUAGUACACUUGUGAUGUCAACUGGUGUUAUUGGAAACAAUCUUCCGAUUGACAAUAUUCUUUCGGGAAUACCAAAAUUGGCAUUGAGCCAUUUAGGCAAUAGCCAUCAAAACUGGAUUGAUUGCGCAACCGCAAUUUGUACAACUGAUACGUUUCCCAAACUAGUGAGUAAACAAUUUACAAUUGGCAAAGACACUUAUACAUUGGCGGGAUUGUGCAAAGGAGCAGGAAUGAUUUGUCCCAACAUGGCCACUCUCUUGGGAUUUUUUGUCACUGACGCACCAGUAUCUCCAUCUGCGUUACAGCUGAUCUUGAAGUAUGCAGUUGACCGUUCUUUUAAUAGCAUUACUGUCGAUGGUGACAUGUCUACAAACGAUACUAUUGCUGCUAUAGCAAAUGGUGCCGCUGGAGGGGAGUUGAUUGAUCUCAACUCUUCUUGCGCCGAGAGGUAUGCAGAGUUGCAAAAAGAAAUUACUGACUUUGCACAGCAGCUAGCUCAAUUGGUUGUUAGAGAUGGGGAAGGAGCAACUAAGUUUAUAACUAUCAAAGUCAAGGAUGCAUUGUCUUAUAAGGAUGCUAAAAGCAUUGCUUCCAGUGUUGCUAACUCAUCCCUAUUCAAAACUGCGAUGUACGGUAAAGAUGCUAAUUGGGGCCGUAUCUUGUGCGCUAUUGGAUAUGCUGACGUUGGAAAUGGCUCUGUGGUUCCUCAAAAAACUAGUGUAAAGUUUGUGCCAGUUGAUGGAAGUGAAAGUUUGCAAUUGUUGCAAAAUGGUGAGCCAGAAAAAGUUGACGAAGAAAGAGCUUCAGAAAUUUUGGCUGACGAGGAUUUAGUAAUUGAGAUUGAUCUUGGAACAGGCGGCGGCCAAGGGGCUGACUUUUGGACAUGCGAUUUAUCCCAUGAAUAUGUUACUAUCAAUGGUGACUACAGGUCUUAA